CUGCCAUUUUUCUUUCUCACCGAAACUCUUCUGUUGUCGAGAACUCUACGGAAACCACAUUAAAGAUCGCCGUUACGAAUUUGUAAAAGCCUAAAAAGACUCCUCUCGAAUCUUUACCUUUCUUUCUUUUAUGUGUGCGUUUUCACAUUUGCUGAUUUUCUGGUGUUGGUGUCGUCUAUACGGGAAUCAUCACCGAUGGCGGAAGCUGAACGGUGCAGGUUUAGUGUAGGUUAUGCUUUGGCCCCCAAGAAACAAAGCAGCUUCAUCCGAGACUCCCUCCUUGUUCUUGCUAGGUCUCACGGCGUCGAUCUUGUCCACAUCGACCCCACCCGCCCCCUCGUCGAUCAGGGCCCCUUGGACUGCGUGCUCCACAAGCUGUACGGAGAUGACUGGAAUCGGCAGCUCACAGAGUUCCGCCACCGUUACCCUAAUGCGGUCAUCGUCGACUCCCCCCACUCCAUCGAGCGCCUCCACAACCGAAUCUCCAUGCUACAGUUCGUUUCGGAGCUUAGGAUCGAGUCCCCGAACGAGACGUUCGGUAUCCCCAAGCAAAUCGUCAUCUACGACAAGGAAACCCUCUUCGAUAGGCAAGCCUGGGAGAGCCUUAAGUUCCCUGUAAUCGCGAAGCCCUUGGUUGCCGACGGCAGCGCCAAAUCGCACAAAAUGAACUUGGUGUUCAACCACGACGGUCUCAACGAGCUCAAGCCCCCGAUCGUCCUCCAAGAAUUCGUGAACCACGGCGGGGUUAUCUUCAAGGUCUACGUCGUCGGCGUGUACGUCAGGUGCGUGAAACGCAAGUCGUUGCCGGACAUCUCGGAAGAGAAUUUGGGUACUGUCUCUGAAAGCGUAUUGUCGUUUUCGCAGGUAUCGAAUAUCGCUACCAACGAAAAGGUCGACGGUAAAUACUACAAGAUGAUGCAUUUUGACGACACCGAAAUGCCGCCGCAGCGUUUUCUCACUGAUGUCGCCGACGGGUUGCGGCGCGCCAUGAAAUUGAACCUGUUUAACUUCGACGUCAUUCGGGACGCGAGGUUUGGGAAUCGCUACCUUAUAGUUGAUAUCAAUUACUUUCCCGGGUAUGCAAAAAUGCCGUCUUACGAGACCGUAUUGACGGAUUUUUUCUUGGAUGUGGUUAAUAAGAGAAAGGAGAUAGUGUAUAGUUGUGACGAAGUUAUGACAAAGAUCGUCAGCAAUACUUUUUGCAGUGAUGAAGAUGAAAUUGGCCGGAAAGAUCGGACGGAUAGUUCGAUUAAAUUCUGACUUAAAUGUAAAGAAAAUAACCCCGUGAAUUGGUUGAAGGGAGUAAGUUGGUAGUAUUGAGUUUAGGUAGGAGAUGGCUUUGGCACAGUAGGGAAAUGAUUAGGUUUCGAUGAUGGGUUUUAGAUUUUUAGGUUUCGAUGACAGCAAUUGCAUAUUGUUUCAUGUUGAUGAUUUAUAUUCCUUCCGCAGUUUUACUCUGGAGAUAGGUACUAAUUUCUGUAAUACUCUUGAAGGCUUUAGGGAACUUCAAAGUUGUACAGGCUUCGAGUCUUUGCUUGAAAAACUGAUCUUACCUGGUGACUUUGGCACCUUUAAUGAAUGAAAUUCGUCAUUUUGUGCAUUGGAGUUCCCUCUCAAUUCGCUGGGGUUUCUUGCCCUUUUCUUUCUUUCUUUUUCGUUGAAUAGUUAGGCUGUCGGUUUGUCAAUUUUGUGCCUUUAUUGGCAAGAUGUUUCAAGUUUUUUUGUGGGGCUUUGUAUUUAAAAGUUGGGGCUUAGAUUUCUUUCAUUUUCAUAUUAUUUUUAGAAAGAAACUAUGGAAGAUGAGGUUUCGGUACUUAAUUCAUUCAAUGGGUAUGUCGAUUCACAUGCGAGUCAAAGCAAAACUACACUGGCACUAGGAUAAAACUGGAGGGUUGCUGAGGUUCAUCUUCUCACCGCGUUCACAAUUAAUUAUAGACAUGGAGGCCGAAACUGCAAUUGGCAGUGGGCAGCAUCACCUAUGGGCUUCUUGGUUCACUAAUUCGUGUGGCUUCAUGGUCAGCUAUUGAUGUCUGUGCCAUACUGCCAUAAAUAAUUGGGCAGAUGGUCACUGUAUUGAAAGAGCAGAGUUGAUGAAAGCCAAUCAUUUCUGCUUAGAGGCAGGACAAUUGUGUAUAUUGUCUCUUUUGAA